CACGCAUGCUUUACAAAACCCUACGAAGCUAUACCGUGUGCGAUUUUCUCUACUAUUGAACAAUCAAUGUUCCUUUGGUCGUCUGAGGUUAGCAUAUUUAACUUAUCGCCCGGAUGGAUCCACUCAGCACAACCGCGAGUAUCAUCGCCACUAUCCAGCUGUCCUCCGAGGUUGUCAAAUAUGUAAACGCAGCUGCUGGCGCAACUAACCAGCGGAAGCGUCUUCGAGAAGAGGUCCGGACCUGUGAAUACAUACUCCAGCAGCUGAAGGAUGGGGCGGAUGAUUCGGAGGAAGGCAAGGCAUGGUCUUGUACAAUCGAGGCCCUUCAAGGUCCCAAGGGGCCUCUGGGGCGACUUGAUGUUACCUUGCAGACCAUCCAAGCUAAGCUUCUGUCCAAAGGAGGGCAUAAGAAGGUGUUGGAAACUCUCAAAUGGCCAUUCACAGAGAGAGAGGUGGAGAAGAUUCUUGCUGCCAUUGAGCGCGAGAAGUCCCUCCUAUGGCUGGCUUUAGAAAACGAUCACCGGAAGCUAACCUUGGAGAUCAAGAAAACAUCAACUGAAUUUAAAAGACAGCUUACCGGACUGGUAGAUGGCUUAGGACGCAUAGAGAGGUCACAAGCUGACCUCAUGUGUUGCUUGCAUACGUUGAACGACCGCCAGAAUAAUCGAGAAGCUACUGACCGGACACGACAAAUUCUUAAUUGGCUGUCGCCUGUUGACCCCUUUACAAGCCAUUGUGCAGCUAUGGAUAUGCGCGUAACUGGGACGAACGACUGGCUCUUGUCUUACGAGAAGUUCAAAUUUUGGCGGCGUGCCAAAAGUUCCGUCCUUUGGUUGACUGGUAUCCUCGGAUCUGGAAAAACUGUUCUUGUGUCGACCGUGAUAGAUUUCAUCCAGCAAUGCGGCAACCAGAACGACCGUACCUACAUGGCGUAUUUCUAUUGCGAUUUCAGAAGCCCAGAAACACGUAAUCCUCUCAACUUGGUUGGCUCUCUUAUCGCUCAGAUAUGUACGCAAUUGGGUCGUUUCCCAAAAGAUCUCGAGGAAGUCUUUGAAAGGAACACAUCGACCCAAUCUCCUUACGUCAGGCAGACGGACCUGCGGACUCUCAGCGAGAUCCUCAUGUUGCUAACGUCUAAGCAUCAUGUGAUAAUCCUUGUUGAUGCGCUUGAUGAGUGCGAGAGUCGGCGAGGCAUCCUUGAACUGUUUCGCCAAUUGGGUACCCAAGGGCAUCAUUUGAAUAUACUUCUUAGCAGUCGCGACGAGGCCGAUAUUCGCGAAGUAUUAUCAGACUUUCCAAGGAUACGUCUGGAGUCUGUUUCGAACUGUUUAAAUUCUGACAUCGACCGCUAUAUAAACUACCGGCUGGACCACGAUCCAGGCUUCAGGAUGCUGAAACUUAAGCCAUCUUUCAGAGAAACUAUCCUACAGUCAUUGAGAGUGCAAGCCAGCGGGAUGUUCUUUUGGGUUCGAUGCCAGCUUGAUGAAAUUGCGCAGUUCAAGACUAUGAAAGACAUCAGAGAAGCCCUCAAAACCCUCCCGAAAGGUCUGCACGAAACAUACGAAAACAUCCUUGUCAAAAUUCCAUCCGGGACGAUCAGAAUUGUAAGGCAGCUACUCCAAUGGCUAGUAUGUACUGUCUCGCCCUUGUCUCUUGGUGAGCUUCACGAAAGUUUGGCCAUCGAACCGAACAUGGACCAUAUUUGCGAAGAAGCUGCCCUACUAAUCAGUCCUGAGGAUAUUCAAGAUCUAUGCGGAAAUCUUAUUGUGGUUACAGCCAAAGGAAACGUCAUGCUGGCGCAUCUGUCCGUCAAGGACUAUCUCUUAUCAGAUGCAAUCAAGAGAAGCAGGGCCUCAAUAUUUGCAUUUUCUGAAUCUGAGGCAAACAUACAGAAUGCACUAAGCUGUUUGACGUAUCUCUCAUUCGCGGACUUCCGAUCCGGCCCUGCUGGUAGUGCUGAUGACUUUGAGAGUCGCCUACUUCGCUAUCCCUUCCUCUACCAUGCAUCGAUAUGGUGGGCCGCCUACGUUCGAAAUGCCAACCUCUUUUCUGAAGAACUUAGUAACAAGGCUCUGCGUUUUUUCAGUCCCAGUUGUCGUACUAUUUUUAUGUCCUGGGUACAGGUUAUAUGCUCUCGCCCAAUGUUUGGCAACAAACAGGAAUACACAUCAGCUAUAAAAGAGCGCAAACUGUGUUGGAAUGCUUACCCUAGACAAGCCACAUCGCUCUAUUAUGCAGCAUCGUUCGGCCUUGAGUAUUGCGUCAGAGCUCUUCUAUCACAGGGCGCAGAGAUCGACGCCGAGGGUGGUCGGCUGGGUGCUACAGCGUUUCACGCGGCGGCUCUACGAGGCCAUGUGAAUGUCAUGGACAUGCUAUUUGCUGAGGGUGCCGAUCCGAACCGAACGGAUGGCAUAAAAAUGGCACCACUUCAUUCUGCUGCGCUCGCUGGUAAUGUCGAGGUAAUCAAACGCCUCCUCAAGCAAGGCGCAGAUCCCUGCGCAAAGGACGAAUACGGGAGCACCCCGUACGACCUCGCGUAUUCAAUGGGUCACACAGACGCACUUAAUCACCUACACAUGAACAAAUCCAAAGAAAUGGAAGACAUAGGACCCAGCAGUAUAAGGUUAUACCACUUGAACUCCGGGCCACCCCAUAUCUCUACAGGCGAUGCUGUCCAUCGGACAGCAGUAAAACAAAAGAGCCGUUUGUCGAGUAUCUCUGAAAAAAUGCCCGCUACUAUUCGUACUGGUCCUAUACCAAUGCUUUACCAAUGUUGCAUUUGCGGGGACGGUUGGUUUAAUAUUGCACUUGUUGAUCGUUGUCCGUCUUGUAAUGUGCAUAGAUGUAAGGAUUGUGAACUUAAAAAUUAGUUGAUACAACCUUACUCUUUUAUUCCUAAUUGUCGCAUACCCCUGUCUUCUUCUCAGGUACUUGACUAUCUCC